AUGAGCACUGUGUUUCAUACUACGGCGGUGUGGGCGGCGCUGCUGCUACAGCUGGCAGUCGUAGCGGCGGCGCCCUGGAACACGGGCUGCCUCUUCUCCAGGGACCCAGACUGUUGGCGAUCGCACGCAGGAGAUGGAGGGGAUGGUGGAAAUGGAGGUAAUGGUGGAGAUGCAGGCGACAGCAGCAAUGGUGGUGAUGCCGGUGAUGGAGGAGAUGGUGGUGAUGGAGGCAAUGGUGGUGAUGCUGGAGAUGCAGGUGAUGGUGGAAAUGGCGGCGAUGGUGGAGAUGGAGGUGAUGGAGGUAGUGGUGGUGAUGCUGGCAAUGGAGGUGAUGCUGGCAACGGAGGUGAUGGUGGCAAUGGUGGUGAUGGAGGUGAUGUAGGAAAUAAUGGUGAUGCUGGAGAUGGAGGAGAUGGAGGUGAUGGUGGCAAUGGAGGCAAUGGUGGUGAUGGAGGUGAUGGUGGAAAUGGUGGUGAUGGUGGAGAUGGCGGGGAUGGAGGCAGUGGUGGUGAUGCUGGCAAUGGAGGUGAUGGUGGCAAUGGUGGUGAUGGAGGUGAUGGAGGCAAUGGUGGUGAUGCUGGUGAUGGAGGAGAUGGUGGUGAUGGUGGUGAUGGAGGCAACAGUGGUGAUGCUGGUAAUGGAGGUGAUGGUGGAAAUGGAGGCGAUGGUGGAGAUGGAGGUGAUGGAGGCAGUGGCAGUGAUACUGGUGAUGGAGGUGAUGGAGGUGAUGGUGGAAAUGGCGGUGAUGGUGGAGAUGGUGGUGAUGGAGGUGAUGGAGGCAAUGGUGGUGAUGCUGGAGAUGGAGGAGAUGGUGGUGAUGGAGGCAACAGUGGUGAUGCUGGUAAUGGAGGUGAUGGUGGAAAUGGAGGCGAUGGUGGAGAUGGAGGUGAUGGAGGCAAUGGCAGUGAUACUGGUGAUGGAGGUGAUGGUGGAAAUGGCGGUGAUGGUGGAGAUGGUGGUGAUGGAAGCAGUGGUGGUGAUGCUGGCAAUGGAGGUGACGGUGGCAAUGGUGGUGAUGGAGGCAAUGGAGGUAGUGGUGGUGAUGCUGGAGAUGGAGGAGAUGGUGGUGAUGGUGGUGAUGGUGGCAAUGGUGGUGAUGCUGGUGAUGGAGGUGCUGGUGGAAAUGGUGGUGGUGGUGGAGAUGGAGGUGAUGGAGGCAGUGGUAGUGAUGCUGGCAAUGGAGGAGAUGGUGGUGAUGGUGGUGAUGGAGGCAAUGGUGGUGAUGCUGGUGAUGGAGGAGAUGGUGGUGAUGGUGGCAACGGUGGUGAUGCUGGAGAUGGUGGAAAUGGAGGCGAAGGUGGUGUUGGAGGUGAUGGAGGCAGUGGUGGUGAUGCUGGAGAUGGUGGAGAUGGUGGCAAUGGAGGAAAUGGCGGUGAUUCUGGCGAUGGAGGUGAUGGUGGAAAUGGAGGUGAUGGUGGAGAUGGAGGUGAUGGAGGCAGUGGUGGUGAUGCUGGGAGUGGAGGUGAUGGUGGAAAUGGAGGCGAUGGUGGAGAUGGAGGUGAUGGAGGCAAUGGCAGUGAUACUGGUGAUGGAGGUGAUGGAGGUGAUGGUGGAAAUGGCGGUGAUGGUGGAGAUGGCGGUGAUGGAAGCAGUGGUGGUGAUGCUGGCAAUGGAGGUGACGGUGGCAAUGGUGGUGAUGGAGGCAAUGGAGGUAGUGGUGGUAAUGCUGGAGAUGGAGGAGAUGGUGGUGAUGGAAGUGACAGUGGCAAUGGCGGUGAUGCUGGUGAUGGAAGUGAUGGUGGAAAUGGUGGUGAUGGUGGAGAUGGAGGUGAUGGUGGAAAUGGAGGCGAUGGUGGAGAUGGAGGUGAUGGAGGCAGUGGUGGUGAUGCUGGCAGUGAAGGUGAUGGUGGCAAUGGUGGUGAUGGAGGUGAUGGAGGCAAUGGUGGUGAUGCUGGAGAUGGAGGAGAUGGUGGUGAUGGUGGCAAUGGUGGUGAUGCUGGUGAUGGAGGUGCUGGUGGAAAUGGUGGUGAUGGUGGAGAUGGAGGAGAUGGAGGUGAUGGAGGCAGUGGUAGUGAUGCUGGCAAUGGAGGAGAUGGUGGUGAUGGUGGUGAUGGAGGCAGUGGUGGUGAUGCUGGUGAUGGAGGAGAUGGUGGUGAUGGUGGCAAUGGAGGCAAUGGUGGUGAUGCUGGAGAUGGUGGAAAUGGAGGCGAUGGUGGUGAUGGAGGCAGUGGUGGUGAUUCUGGAGAUGGAGGUGAUGGAGGCAGUGGUGGUGAUGCUGGAGAUGGAGGAGAUGGUGGUGAUGGAGGCAAUGGUGGUGAUGCUGGAGAUGGAGGAGAUGGUGGAAAUGGAGGUGAUGGUGGUGAUGGAGGUGAUGGAGGCAGUGGUGGUGAUGCUGGAGAUGGAGGAGAUGGUGGUGAUGGAGGCAAUGGCAGUGAUGCUGGCGAUGGUGGUGAUGGUGGAAAUGGUGGCGAUGGUGGAGAUGGAGGUGAUGGAGGCAGUGGUGGUGAUGCUGGCAAUGGAGGUGAUGGUGGCGAUGGAGGUGAUGGUGGAAAUGGCGGCAAUGGUGGAGAUGCAGGUGAUGGAGGCAGUGGUGGUGAUGCUGGCAAUGGAGGCAAUGGUGGUGAUGCUGGAGAUGGUGGAAAUGGCGGUGAUGGUGGAGAUGGAGAUGAUGGAGGCAGUGGUGGUGAUGCUGGCAAUGGAGGUGAUGGUGGAAACGGUGGUGAUGGUGGAGAUGGAGGCAAUGGUGGUGAUUCUGGCAGUGGUGGCAGUGGAGGAAGUGGAGGAGAUGGUGGUAAUGGUGGAAGUGGUGGCAGUGAUGGCAGUGAUGGUAGUGAUGGCACUGAUGGCAGUGACGGAGGCAAUGGUGAUGAUUCUGGAAAUGGAGGUGAUGGUGGUGAUGGAGGAGAUGGAGGUAAUGGAGGCAGUGGUGGUGAUGCUGGCGAUGGUGGUGAUGGUGGAGAUGGAGGUAGUGGUGGAGGUGCUGGUAAUGGUGGCGAUGGUGGAAGUGGUGGUGAUGGUGGAGAUGGAAGUGAUGGAGGCAGUGGUGGUGAUGCUGGUGAUGGUGGCAAUGGUGGUGAUGGAGGCAAUGGUGGUGAUGCUGGUAAUGGAGGUGAUGGUGGAAAUGGUGGAGAUGGAGGUGAUGGAGGCAGUGGUGGAGAUUCUGGCAAUGGAGGUGAUGGUGGAAAUGGUGGUGAAGGUGGAGACGGUGGCAAUGGUGGUGAUUCUGGCAAUGGAGGUGAUGGUGGAGAUGGUGGUGAUGGUGGAAAUGGAGGCAGUGGUGGUGAUGCUGGUGAUGGAGGUAAUGGUGGCAAUGGUGGUGAUGGAGGUGAUGGUGGUGAUGCUGGUAAUGGUGGAGGUGGAGGAAGUGGAGGUGAUGGUGGAAAUGGAGGAGAUGGAGGAGAUGGAGGCAGUGGUGGUAAUGGUGGCAACGGAGGUAAUGGUGGAGAUGGUGGUAAUGGAGGUAAUGGUGGAGAUGGUGGAGAUGGCGGUAAUGGAGGUAAUGGAGGUGAUGGUGGAGAUGGUGGUGAUGGUGGCAAUGGAGGUAAUGGAGGUAAUGAUGAUGAUGGCCAGUCUAAUAAUGAAAGUGGCAGCAGUGAUGGAGGCAGUGAUUCUGAUGGUGGCAUUGGUGACUGCCCGGCCGUCGGCAGUUGUCCAUUACACGAAGAUGCUGGAUCAGAUGUUACACUGUUGCCCCAUGCCACUGAUUGUGGACAGUAUUGUGUAUGUGACCAUGGCGUUCCAGUAGCCAUGCCUUGUCCUGCAGGACUCCACUUCAACCCAGAGCUGAGAGUCUGCGACUGGCCAUAUGCUGCUGGUUGUGAGGUACAGAACUAA